GCUCGGCUCGUGUGCGCGCAUGUAGCAGCGCUGCUAGUGUGUGUUACAGCACAAACCGGCACCAUGAGCCUCAAUAAUCACCAACUGAGUGAUUCUUUAUUCAUCUGGUUACAGACGUUUCAGGUGCCGUCGUGCUCCAGCAAACAUGAGCUCACCAGUGGAGUGGCCAUUGCACAUGUGCUCAACAAAAUAGACCCGUCCUGGUUUAAUGAGACGUGGCUUAGCAGGAUUAAAGAGGAUGGUGGUACAAACUGGAGACUGAAGGUCAGCAACCUGAAGAAGAUUCUACAGAGUAUGAUGGAGUAUUAUCAUGACGUGUUGAGUCAGCAGGUGUGUGAUGAUCAUGUUCCUGACGUGUGUCUGAUCGGUGAGAUGGGGGAUGUGACUGAACUGGGUCGAUUACUGCAGCUGGUUCUGGGCUGUGCUGUCAGCUGUGAACACAAACAGGAACACAUUCAGCAGAUCAUGACUCUGGAGGAAUCAGUCCAGCAUGUUGUGAUGACGGCCAUACAGGAGCUGCUCACCAAAGAGCCUGUUGAAGCAGGAAGUGCAGAGACUUAUGGUGAUUUCGACAACCAGUCCAGGAAGUAUUAUUUUCUGAGUGAAGAGAUGGAUGAGAGAGACGAUGCAUCUCAGCGCUGUCGAGAACUCCAGCAGCAGUUGUCUGUUGUGAUGGAGGAGAAGUCUUCUCUACAGCUGGAGGUUCAGUCUCUACGAGAGCGUCUGAAUCACAGCGAGCCGUCUGACGUCUCGUCCACCAUCACUAACAAGAAACUGUUGUUACUGCAGAGUCAGAUGGAGCAGCUGCAGGAGGAGAACUACAGGCUGGAUAGCAGUCGUGAUGACCAGCGGGUUCGAGCUGAUGUUCUGGAGCGAGAGCUUGCAGAACUGCAGCUGAGGAAUGAGGAUCUGACCAGCCUCGCUCAAGAAGCCCAGGCCCUCAAAGAUGAGAUGGACAUACUGAGGCACUCGUCGGACCGUGUGAGUCAUUUGGAGGCGAUGGUGGACACGUAUAAGCGUAAGUUGGAGGAUCUGGGAGAUCUGCGCAGACAGGUGCGUCUGCUGGAGGAGAGGAAUCACGUGUACAUGCAGCGCACCUGUGAACUGGAGGAGGAGCAGCGCAGAGCCAACGUCAUCCGCUCACAGCUCGACACGUACAAGAGACAGGCUCACGAGUCGAGCGUGAAACACUCCUCGGAGGCCAUGAAAGCUGAGAAAUGGCAGUUUGAGUACAAGAACCUCAACGACAAAUAUGAGACGCUUCUGCAAGAGAGAGAGAAACUGAUAUCGGAGCGGGACACGUUGAGAGAGACGACCAAUGAACUGAGAUGCGCUCAAGUCCAGCAGCAGUGUUUCACAGAUUCUGUGGCUGGUGAAUCUGGGGCAGUUGGCAGCCUGGCAUCAGAAAUCAUGCCAACAGAGUUCAGAGAUACAGUUGUGCGCCUGCAGCAGGAGAAUAAGAUGUUGUGUGUUCAGGAGGAAUCGUACAGGCACAGACUUGAAGAACUGCAGAACCUGCUGGAGGAAUCGCAACGCUCCCAGAUUGCUCUGGAGACACACAACAGGUUGAGUCAGCAGCAGAUAUCAGACUUGCGUUCUCAGGUUGAAGAACUGCAGAGAGCUUUACAAGAACAGGACAGCAAAACUGAAGACUCGUCGCUGUUAAAGAAAAAACUCGAGGAACAUCUGGAGAAGCUUCAUGAAGCUCAUUCAGAUCUGCAGAAGAAGAGAGAGGUGAUUGAUGAUCUAGAGCCACCUGUGGACAGUAACAUGGUGAAGAAGAUUGAUGAACUUCAGGAGAUCUUAAAGAAGAAAGAUGAAGACAUGAGACGCAUGGAGGAGAGAUACAAGAGAUAUGUGGAGAAAGCUUGCACGGUGAUAAAGACUCUCGACCCGAAGCAGAAGUCACACACUGUUCCUGCUGAAGUUCAGGCGCUGAAGAACCAGCUGACCGAGAGGGAGCGAAAGAUUCAACAUCUAGAGCAUGACUUUGAGAAGACUCGCUCCAGACACGAUCAGGAGGAGAAGCUCAUCAUCUCUGCCUGGUACAACAUGGGAAUGGCUCUUCAUCAGAAGGUUGCUGGUGAGCGGUCUAGUUCCAGUUCUGGUCCUGCUCAGUCUUUCCUGGCCCAACAGAGACAGUCAACACAAGCCCGGAGAGGACUCGCCCGACACAAGCCCAGAUAAACACAGACAGGACGUCACUGGAAAACCCUCAUGUUUGAUUCAUCAGACGGGUUUAAAAAGGUCCAUCCUGGAGGAACUCAUGUAUUAGUGGCCUAAUCGGGAAACGGGGAAUUCGAUGUUUAUUUCUCUUAAGCCCUUUCUGUCCAUCCUGCUGAGAAUGUAGAAUACAGUGAUUUAUUGAACAUGUAUCUCAAUAUACUAAAUGUAUUUUAUUGUCUUUUAGAUGGAGGUUUAUUUGAUUUUUCUUGUUUGUUUUUUUUUAGUUGACCACGUCAGCAUGUCGUGGGGUUUUAUUUAGUGUUAUUUACUGUCUGAGGGUCUUAAUUGGGCUGUAGGAAUGAGAUGAAGCAGAUAGACCUUUGGUUCACCUUUAAUCAUUAAAUGUAAAGGACAUUGUGCAUGUUUGUCAGGGUGCGGUGCAUGUGAAUGCACUUUAAACACACUGUGCCUUUCUGAACACUUCAAAAAUGACAGCUGUCAAUCAUCUGUAUGACAUGUCUCAGUGCAUUUGUAUGUCACAUGAAACUACUGAAUGCUGAUGGGAACCCUUUAAUGCAACGAACAAAUGAAGUGCUGAUGUUUUAAAUAUUAUUUUAAGUUGAAUUAUGUCCGCUACACGCUUCAUUAUGUGUGUAAUUAAACAUGAGCUGCUGUGUUUUUAGAUAUGAAUGAAUUGGUUCUGGAAACAACACUAAUCAUGGAUGAAUUACUGGAGGUUAGUUUAUACUUGGACGUGCUGUUAAACUCUUGCUGCUUUACCAUUUUUAUAAUGGCUGUUUUUGAUGUGACAUCACCAGUCAGCUGCUGAAGGAUGAAUUCUGGGAUAUUUUAAUUGUUUGUGAAUCUUAAAUGGUCGACGCUACACUGGCCCCAACACUACUGUACGUUCAUAAACGCUCGCUUUAUUCUUGACCCGUGUCAGUCCAAACUUUAAGGGUAGUUCGGUUCAGAAGUGUUAGUUUUUCCACUGUUUAUGGUUUUAUGGUGUUGUUUUAUUCAGUGAAUGUUUUUGUCACGUUACGUUGAUGUUCAUGAGUUCUGAGAGGUGGAUUUGUGUUAUUGUUUGUGUGUUUUUCACAAGCGGUUCUCAUUGUUUAAAUCACAUGUUGUUUAUGGACUGACACUGAUUGGUACUGGAUUCAUUCAUUGUAUUGUCACUGUCCUGAUCUUUGCACUACAAUAAAAACUUAAUUGGU